GUAAUAUACAAUGGAUAUUUCAUUACUCUCAUAUUUGGAACAUUCUACAGUUAAAUGAUAUUUAUUACAAAGUAUACUGGAUUUAAAAGAAGAAAGUGAUGAAGAAAGAGAAACAGCAAUGCUGUUGCUCCGAAUCCUGUACUGAUCCAGAAGGCGGUGUAGAUUGCAAAACCACUUUGGUGCAACCUGGUGUAUAUCAUCCAAAAAGUAGCAAAAUGGUACGCUCAAAAAGUAUAAGAAGGAAGUACCUGCGAGCUGUAUUCAAGAGUGGAGAGUUCAAUAUUGAUAGAACGACAACGAAAAACCUGAAACUCUUCUCAAACUAUUUCUUUCUGCUCGUAGAAACUAGAUGGCGAUGGACAAUGUUAAACUUUUUCUCUGCAUUUACGUGUAUCUGGCUAUUCUUCGCCAUGAUUUACUGGUUUAUAUCCUACAAACAUGAUGAUUUUAGUGAGAACCAUCUCCCACCGAACCAAAACGUUUCCGGUUUCGUACCUUGUAUCAAAAAUAUUUACGGAUUUACUUCAACAUUUUUGUUUAGUAUCGAAGUUCAUACGACCGUUGCUUAUGGGCGAAGGGCUAUCACAUUAGAGUGUCCAGAAACAAUAACAGCAAUGUGCCUUCAAUGCAUUGUCAGCUCUAUUUUCCAAGCCACAAUGGUUGGAAUUCUAUUCGCCAAACUAACACGACCAAGAGGAAGAUCACAGACUAUACUCUUUAGUAAACACGCUGUUAUAAAUGUGAGAAACGACAAAUUCUGUCUUAUAUUCCGAGUUGGUGACAUGAGGACAUCUAGAAUACUAAAUAUUAAACCGAAAGCGUACGUCAUAAGAUAUUCUGCUGAUGACAACGAAGAACAUAAUUUGGAACAAACUGAAUUAAAAGUGGAUAUAGAUGAAUGUGAAUCGGUCUUCUUUUUGUGGCCCGUAACUGCUGUACAUGUUAUUGAUGAAAAAAGUCCCUUGUAUAGAUUAUCUGCAGCUGAUUUGCUUUGUUGCAAAUUAGAAAUACUUGUCGUUUUUGAAGGUAUGAUAGAAUCAACAGGUCAGCCUGUGCAAGCUCGAUCGAGUUUCACUGAAUAUGAUAUUCUUUGGGGCCACAGAUUUGUGUCGAUGGUAAGCUUCAAUUUGGAUAAAAGCACGUACAAUGUUGAUUUCUCCAAGUUGUCUGAAAUACAACAAGUGGAUACUCCUCUCUGUUCGCCGUGUGAAUAUCAUGGAUUGUUGGCUGUAUAUGGAGACAAAAUGACCGUGUCUGAUUAUGAUAAUGAUGAAAGUUAUGAAAAUCUAGAUCAGGAUAGCUCAUCUACUGCUCAGAACAAUUAACGUGUUAAGGACUAAAGUGACUAACAAUGAAAGGUUGGAUGUCGUUUGCUGAUGAGACUUGUGCAUUUAAACCUCUCAAUACUAAAAUAGAGACUGAACAACUCACAUAGAACUAUUAAACUAUUUUUAUUGAAGAAACUUAUUAUAUAAGUACUGAACAUAAUUUUAUUACACGAUGUUUAUAAUAAUUAAAGUACUAAAGUAAAGUAUUAUUUUUCUACAGAUAUGAAAUAGACAAAUCGCACAUUGAAAACAAAAGUGGCUCAACCCAAAAACUCGAUUUUUCAAUAUGGUCAUUUAAUUGAGCUUCAAACGGCAAAGUAUUAAGUAUCACUAGUGUCAUCAUAGGUCAUAGAAGUUAUCACGACUUCAUGACUUCUAGGCCUUCUAGGCUUCUUCUAGAGAUAAAGGACCUACUUGUCCCGUAGAAUUACAGCUGAAACAUUGUAAUUCAGAACGGCCAUUUAUGGAUUUUCCCGUUUUC